UCUGCUGCCUCCUCCGCCGUCGCCGCCGCCGCUGCUGUGUUUGCGCCUUGGAGAUGUCCUUCCCCCAACUGGGCUACCCGCAGUAUCUCAGCGCCAGCCAGGCUGUGUACGGGAGCGACCGGCCUGGGGUCCUGGCCGCAGCCGCAGCCGCUGCAGCAGCCGCAGCCGCCUCGGGCCGGCCUGGGGGCGCGGAACUCGGGAGCGGCUCAGCCGCUGUCACCUCUGUGCUAGGCAUGUAUGCCAGCCCCUACAGCGCGCCCAACUACAGCGCCUUUUUGCCCUACACAGCCGACCUCAGCCUUUUUUCCCAGAUGGGUUCUCAGUACGAACUUAAGGACAACCCAGGGGUCCACCCUGCGACCUUCGCAGCCCACACUGCUCCUGGCUAUUACCCUUAUGGACAGUUCCAAUAUGGGGACCCGGGGAGACCCAAGAACGCAACUCGGGAGAGCACCAGUACCUUGAAGGCCUGGUUGAAUGAGCAUCGAAAGAAUCCCUAUCCCACCAAAGGGGAGAAGAUCAUGUUGGCCAUCAUUACUAAAAUGACCCUCACUCAGGUCUCCACCUGGUUCGCCAACGCCCGUCGGAGGCUAAAGAAGGAGAACAAAGUGACCUGGGGGGCAAGGAGCAAAGACCAGGAGGACGGUAACCUUUUCGGCAGUGACAACGAAGGGGACCCAGAGAAGACAGAAGAUGAUGAGGAGAUCGACCUGGAAAGCAUAGAUAUAGACAAGAUUGACGAAAACGAUGGCGAACAGAGUAAUGAGGAGGAGGAGGAGAAGUCUGAGAAUCUCAGGGCCAAUGAAGAAGAUAUCCUGGACAAGGAGAAGGAAUUGCCCUUGUCAGGAUCUGAAGGACUUAAACCCAAAGACUCUCUGUCUCUGUCGAAAGACUCCUCUGACAGUAGCACACGGAUCUUGAGCCCUAGCGGACAAAGCAAUUUACAGGGGCCACCUCACAACAAACCCAAGAUCUGGUCUCUGGCAGAGACUGCCACCAGCCCCGAUGGCGCCCUGAAGUCCUCUCCGCCUCCUCCUCCCCCUCCUUCUUCCCAGGUCAAUCAUACUUCUCCACAGCUCCAGCACCCCGCUUUCCUGCCCAGCCACGGACUCUACACGUGCCAAAUUGGCAAAUUUCACAACUGGACAAAUGGGGCUUUUCUCACUCAGAGCUCUCUCUUGAAUGUUAGGUCCUUCUUAGGAGUAAAUCACCAUCACGCAGCACACCACAACCACCACCUCCAGGCCCAGCAAACGCCUUCCGUGCUCACAGCCACCCUGGGGCCGCUCAAUAGCGACAAAGCCUCAGAAAGAACCAGUCCCAAACACACAGAAAGAGAAAAUGUACCCAGGACCGACUCUCCUCCUCAGCAGUUAAAAUCGCCCUUUCAACCUGUCCGCGACAACUCUUUGGCUCAGCAAGAGGGAACACCGAGAAUUUUAGCAGCUCUCCCUUCCGCUUGAUUACAUGUUUUGC